CUGGCCCUGCCACCUGGCCCCUUCAUGGCUUCCCUGGGACAGGUCAUUUUCUGGAGCGUCAUCAGCAUUAUCAUUAUCCUGGCCGGAGCCAUCGCACUCAUCAUUGGUUUUGGUAUCUCAGGGACACAUUCCAUCUCGGUGAGGACCCUGACAUCGGCAGGGAAUCUAGGCCAAGAUGGGAUUCUCAGCUGCACCUUUGAACCCGACAUCAAGCUGGGCAACAUUGUGAUCCAGUGGCUGAAGGAGGGGGUGGUGGGGUCAGUCCACGAGUUUCGGAAGGGCAAAGAUGAGCUGGCAGACCAGGACGAGAUGUUUCGGGGGCGGACAUCUGUGUUCACUGACCAGGUGAUCGUGGGAAAUGCCUCUCUCAGGCUGAGGAACGUGCAGCUGGCUGAUGCUGGCACCUACCAGUGCUCCAUUGCCACCUCCAAGGGCAAGGGACAGGCGCAGCUGGAAUACAAGACUGGGGCCUUCAGCGUCCCCGAGGUGAACGUGGAUCCUAAUGGCAGCUCUGUCUGGGAGAGUCUGCGCUGCGCCGCUCCACGCUGGUUCCCGCGGCCCACCGUGGCCUGGGCUUCACAGCUCGAGCCUGGGGCCAACGUCACUGAGGCGUCCAACACCAGUUUCCAGCUGGACUCAGAGAACGUGACCAUGAUGGUGGUGUCCGUCCUCUACAACGUCACUGUCAACAACACGUAUUCCUGCACGAUUGAGAACAGCAUCGCCAAGGCCACGGGGGACAUCAAAGUAACUGACUCCGAGAUCAAGCGCCGGAGCCACCUGCAGCUGCUCAGCUCCAGGGCCGCUCCACCAGCUUCCUCGGCCAGGGCGGCUGGCUGGGCGAUCCUCACCCUCCUUUCCCACUUGGGGCUCUCGUAGGAUCCCUGUCGUCCGCAGGAAGCCAGGGCAGCCCAGAUAUUUUUCAGGGUUCGAGAAAACGGCCAGGCUUUUUUUUUUUUUUGCCUCCACAACACCCGCC